AUGAUAGGGAAACUGUCACCAGCUAUGAAAACUAACUUAUAACAGAAAAUAAAAAGAAAAAAAGUGGGAAAAGGAAGAAUACAUGGAGAAGCACAAUUAGAUCUUGUUGAACCACCACCAACUUCUUCUUCAUUUCUUCUUUUUCCAAUAAAGGGUUUUUAGAUCUGCAAACAAAAGAUAUGGCAAUGGAGUUGGACACGGAACCAAAGCCAAUGAUGAUUGAACAUAGCACUCCUAACAGCAUGCAGAUCGAUCCAACAAGAGCUCGCUUUCCAUGCUGCAUUGUAUGGACACCUCUCCCAGUUAUUUCAUGGCUGCUUCCUUUUGUGGGUCAUGUUGGGAUAGGCCGUGAAGAUGGAGUUAUUGUGGAUUUUGCAGGACCUAACUUUGUGUCUGUUGAUAACUUUGCAUUUGGGCCUGUGGCUCGUUAUAUCCAAAUAAACAAAGAUAAGCAAACAUGGGCAUACAGAAGUGAAGAAGAAUACGGGCUAGUGGAAUCAGGAAAAAACCAGUAUACUUGGGAUGAUGCCUUGAAAAAGACCUCACAAGAAUACCAACAGCAAAUUUAUAGCGUGUUAACUUGCAACUGUCACUCGUUUGUGGCUAACCAUUUGAACCGUUUGGAGUCUCAGGCGAGUGGGUGGAAUGUGGUGAAUGUUGCAGCUUUGAUUCUGUUAAAAGGGGAGUGGGUCGACACACCAUCUAUGGUUCGAUCUUAUCUGUCAUUUAUGGUCGUAUUCUUAAUGGGUAUUACAUUUGGAGGUGCCGGCUUUCUGACGUUCUUGGCGUUUCUUGUGUUCCUACUUUCUGGAUGGUAUCUUUGUGGUACAUACUACUUCAAAAACAUCAUACAGCUUUAAUCACCUAUCAGAUUGUGUCAAAAUUAUUACAUGGCCUUCUCACGCAUAGAAGUGUGGACACGAUACGCAAGCAUUUUUUAGUAACUCGAUUCCUUUGUUAACAAGAUGACACGACACAAUUAUAUUGUUUAUAGGUCUACUUUUAUGCUGUUAUAUGUAGUUUUUCCAAAUGUUUGUGGAUUGUUCUUGUAUUUUGGUUGAUCAUCUUGUUUUGUAUAAAAAAUCAGUCAAUCUAAACCUUUUCGUCUGGGGAUUAUUAGUGAAGACUGGACAUCUGGCAGCCUUCUUGUUAUUCAGCAUGUAUGUUGUGCUAAUGUCGUUGUCAAAAUGAAGUACUUGGAAUGCAUGUAAUGCUACAUACUUUGCUUAUGAAUCUUAUAUAUGAUUGAAUUUCUUUCAA